AUGCAAAUGGAACCUGAAAUCCUCGGAAGCGAUACUGUUCCAAUCGGAUCGCCGGCAGAUCAAUCGAGUCGAGAAGCUUGCGACUCAAGCACUUCUGCCGCCCCCCAUGAUAACCGAAUCUCAUCUCCACUAGCUGAACAGAGAGAGAGGGCGGAGAAGAAUUCGGAGUUAUAUCGUAAGUCCGCCCGGAUUUGUAGAAGAUCUCGUCGCGGCUGCAUUACUUGUCGAAAGAGGAAGGUAAAAUGUAAUGAAGAGCAGCCGCUUUGUGGAAACUGCCGCCGUUUGCGGCUUACCUGUAGUUAUCAAUGCACGACACGUCGUGAUUCUUCAGUGAAGGCCAGGAAUGCUCGUCCGCCCACUUCGCCCACCCCAUGGCAAGAUGCAAUUCCACCAUCCGGCGUGUCGACAACGAAAAACCAAGAUCCGAUUAACCACCGAGGCGAUUCGGACAAUACAGCUCAGACCCAGAGCCAGGGCCUGGGUGUCCCUCCUUUGGACUUCGAAUCAAGUGCGCCAGGAGGCUUCCCACCGAAUGUCAAUUUUGAUACCUCUAUGAGAGAUCCACACUUGCAGCAAAGCUUCACAUUUCUGGAUCAUUUAGAAAUGGAGCUUCUGGGUGAAGAUUCUCUUUGCAAAAACAAUCCAAUCCUUUCAAACCCCAUGUCAACCGACAAUCAUUCGUUUCAUAUAUACGGGCAGUCUUUGAAUAAUUCCGACCCGCAUAUUUCAAACUCCUUCCCUCAAAACUUUACACUAACAGAUCUGGUAUCGGCCCCGAGCAACGUCCCCAUUUCCGUGGCGAUGUCCGCCCCGAUCCAGAGUUCAGACGAAACCGCUCUGAUACCGACUACGGAAAUCGACCUCCUGAGACACUUCGUCGACUUUGCAGUGCCACCAAUUCUGAUUGGGGUUGAGCCCCAAUGGCACAAGUCUCGGGAUGCACUUCUCCGCCUAUCGAAAACGUAUCCUGCUCUACGCCAUUCUAUAUGCGCCUUUUCGGCUUUGUCACUUGGAGAAUCGACCUUGCUACGCUCACAUUCCAUGACGGAAAUCUGCGACUCUCAUUCAAAUAUCGCGACAGUCGAAGUGGAAAGACUACUCGAUAGUCAUUAUAAUGAACAUAAUGAUCUCGACUCGCAAGAAGCUAUCCUGGGAAGCAUCUUUUUUUUAUCAUAUGUCGAUAUAGUGACGGCUCCGACAACAAAAAAAUCGGUGAAGCUACUGGAUCAAGCUCAUGCGUUAGUGAGUCGGAAGAAAUCUUCCAGCUCUUCAUUGGAAAGCCAACUUCAAAUCUGGCUGAAAUUGCUAGAUGCCAAAAUUGUGAGUGCGGGUGGAAGAGGCUUUCAUCUGUACACGACUGCGGACCUUUCGGACCUGGAAAUCAUCCAGGAUGGUCGCUCAUCAACGGGUAAUGGCGAAAGAGCCAGCUCUGAUGACAUUAUGACGGAAACAGAAGAUCUUCUUUUCACCUGUCUGAAUCGCCAGGCAUACAAAUUUUACCUUCAGGUGCUCGGUUUUUCAGGUCGAAUCGCAAGCCUGGACAAGUGGCACCGCUCUCGAGGAACCGUGGACGACGAACUGGAGGUAAUGCUUGCAGCGAAAAAGCUCAAACAAGACCUGCACGCGCUCUGGGCAAGGCGACCUGCAAUCAUUGAUCUUGCAAUCGGCGGAGAGCUCCAAAAAUACGUAGCUCGCGACCUGUCGACCAAAUUACAGCACCACCUGCGUACGUACGCGGCCAACUUCUUCGCUUGUUUCAUACAUCUCCAACGCGUUGCCUACACAAACCUCCAGGGAAUUUCGGAGAUCGAUUCUUCAGUGACUAAGGUUAUCCAACUCUCAAGGAUAACGUUGGAGGAAGGACAAUCUUUGCCAGUUAGCAUGUUAUGGCCCCUCAUGAUGGCUGCCUGUGAAGCCAAAGAUGAAGAUCUUCAGCUGUGGAUUAUUGAAUGUAUCGAUGGAAUGCAAAAUCAAGUUGGGAAUGCCCCUAAGACAGCGAAAUUAGUGAGGGAAAUUGUGGAAAGGCAGAAAGCCGGGCAACGAGCGGAUGCGAGAACAGUGAUGCAAGAAUCUUUAGGGCAUGUAUUUGCCAUAAUAUGA